CAGGUACAUCAGGUCGCGCAUAGUGCAACGGAGUUCUGUUGAGGCCAAUGCCUUUUGGCCAUUUCCUGAGGCGCUUUCCGAGGCUUGGGAGAGCAUUCCAAGUCGUAUUUUCAAUUCCUUUCAAGUGCUCCAACUUCAUGCGCCGGGCGAUGCCACGGUUCAGCUCACCUUCCGUGAGCAACCGUGGUACCGAGUCGCGGUGGUGGGUGAGCACUGCGUGAGAGUGAUGGUGCGCCGCAAUUGCCCGGCUCACGCGCUGUCAACGAUCUUCUUGGUACCUCGUAGUUCAACCCUCAAAUCCUUAGCCACUGCCAUUACUGCGGCGCCCCAUCCCGAUGACCAUGAGAUGAUCGUGAUCACUCAGGUCUUCGCGAUGCCCGGGAGCGAUCCGAGCAGUGCAGUCAAGGGACCUGUCAAGGACGAAAGGACGCUGUCGGACGCCCCACGUCAGAAGACCUCAAGAUGGUCAGGCUGUUUGAGGCCUUUGACCAAGGUUCCUCUCGGACUCAAUGUUCCAGCUCUAAAUCAGUGGAUGGAGUGCAUGAUGGCUUCACAUGCACGCAAGCUCUCUGAGGACUUCUACCUCGUACUAGCACUAAAGAAGUGUGCCAGUGGGAGUCCUCUUCUUCUGCAACAUCUCGAAGCCACCGUGAGGAACUUCAAUGAUUGGACGCGACUCUCUUAUGAGGAGUUUGAGCUCACGAAAUAUCUCCAGUCCUUAAUGGACGUGAUCAAUGUCAACUUGCGGGCGUCCUGCGAAUUAGAUGGCCGGACCCUGGUGCCCUACAUGUGCGCCGUGCCCCGAAAGGGGUGGAAUGAGAAUUUUGCCUACAUCCAAGGAUGGUUGAAAAUGGCAGGCUUGGCGUAUAAGAUUCACAUGGGCGCCUCGUGUGGUCCCAAGAUCGUCGAGGCCGCCACCACGCGCUUCGUGGAUCCCCGACCAGGCCCGCAGCCCACACCGGCCGCGAGCCCGCAGCUGGAUGCUUCGGAUGAUUCCGGCAGUGCCUCUGGCUUGCUGAGUGGGCAGAGCAAGAUGGUGUUCCAUCUUUGAUCGAGAGAAGAGAACGAGAGAGAAUCUCGAUCGAUCUCGAUCAGGCAUUUUUGGCAUGUUGCUGAUUCCUGGAACCCCGUACUGUUUGGUAUAAGGAGCUGAUCAGGAGCUUGGAGGCCCCUGACCCCUAAUCAACUGGGAAAAGAUUGGAAACUCAUUUAAGUCAACGCGGCACGACACGUAGUCUACGCAGCGUGUCGGCACGUCCUGAGACCGGGGUGUUCCAGGCGUCAUUUUACACAUUCCUCAGGACUCCCAGAACGUCGAUGGAAUGGUCCUUGACGAAACCAAACCCAAGCAGUGGGAAGCUGGCCAGUGAUUUCCUGGACACCUGAUUGGGUUUCGGCGAGCCGAAGAGCCGAAGAAACUGCGUGUUUCUGGCUUCGGUUCACGCGGAGGAGAACCACAAGUGCCCUCCCCUAAAUGAAAAAACACCGAACACCCUGAGAGAAAACCCAGGCAUUCGGAGUUGCUACUUGGGGGAGGGUAUCAUCAUAGGCCGGUCAAGCUUGGCCACUCCGGACCGACCCCGGUCAAGUCUCACGCGUUUGGCCGGGGCGGAGGCCAAAAACCCAAAGGUUUGUGGCUUCCACCGCGAAAUUCUGCCAACGAUGGCGGUUGAAUGGACUGAAAAAGGUACGAGACCCCAAAAC